AUGGUUUCGAAAACCACGCGAGUUUCUACUGCAGCAGCAAAAAAGGCAGCUGUACGCAUGCUUGCGGCCGAAGAGAAAUCUUAUUACCCCGUAGCAGCAGGUGAUUCGUUGCCUGCUGCUGUAAAAAGUCCACGAGGUGUGUCACCACGGUUGACAGCUACAUCCACUGCGUCUGCAGCAGGUACCACGAGUCGUAACCAAGAUGAGACUGAAAUAGAGCUCAUCUAUUCUGGCGAGUCGGAUGAGGCUUCCGACUCGAAGGCGACAUCUCGCGCCUACGGAUCAUCCGGGGCGGACACUGCAAGAGCCAGUUUGAUUGGAUCUGGGGAAAGUAGCGGCAUAGUUUUCGAAAUCUUCCGACUAAGUGAUUGUUCUGACGUAUCCUCGUCUCACGCAGAUCUAUUUGACGAUAGGACGCGUGGGGAUGUUGGUGAUGCACCUAUACAUCACCACGAGCGAAGUAACGCGAGUGAUCGGGGUGCCACUGGUGUCAGCGCUCGAGCGCUGACACCAACUAAGAGGCAAGAGACCGAAAUGUCCUGCGCCACGCUCCUCAAGUUGAGUCUCCGUGGAUGCCGUCAUCCAGAGAGUUGA